ACAUAACAGAUGACAUCAGCCCGAGCUUUCCAAUUCCUGGAUGGCAGCAGCGUGUUAAUCCAGCCGUCAUCCUGGAUUGCAUAAACUGAAACAAGCGAGGGCCUGGCCGGAGGACAGCCCUGCCUCUGGAUGGAGGAAAUUGAUGACGGGGAAGCCUUCGCGAGGAUAAAAGCCCCGGGCGUGUGCACAGAGGGUCAGCUACCACUUUGGAAGCUUGGACGGCCACCUCCCAGCUCUCACGCCCGAGCCCCGAGGCGCCAGGAGACAUGAAGAGCCUGUGGUUGCUGGCCGCCCUCCUGGGAGCCGCGCACCUGGUGGCGGCCUGGGGCACCAAGUACGCGGUGGACUGUCCUGAGCACUGCGACAGCCGCGCGUGCAAAGGCAGCCUGCGCUGCAGGAGGACCGUGCUCGACGACUGUGGCUGCUGCCGCGUGUGUGCCGCCGGCCGGGGCGAGACUUGCUACCGGACUGUGGCGGGCAUGGAUGGCGUCAAGUGCGGCCCGGGGCUAAGGUGCCAGUUUGCCAAUCAGGAGGAUGAUUUUGGUGACGAGUAUGGGAUCUGCAAAGACUGCCCCUACGGCACCUUCGGGAUUGACUGCAAAGAGACCUGCCACUGUCAAUUGGGCAUAUGUGACAGAGUGACCGGCAAAUGCCUCAGAUUUCCCUUCUCCCAACAGCCAGUAACCAAGUCUUUCAGCAAGAGCUUCGUUUCUCACCGAGAGCUUGAUAUGGCGUCUGGAGAUGGAAACACUGUGAGCAAAGAAUCUUUGAAAGAGAAAACUGCCCGGACGUCUGUCACGAAAUGGCUAACCCCACGCUGAUACUGGUGGGAUUUCCAAGUGAAGGCUUUACCCUAAUGAUGACUCAAUACAUGGGGAAUAUUUAGACAUGAAUGUAGACAUGUGAUUUUUGGAGACCAAAUGCAUUUCCAGGUCUAGGGGGAAAAAAAGGCUACUUGCAAUCUGUAAAAUGCAUAUGGCUGUACACAUUUAGAUAUUUGUUUGUUAAUCAUUUGAAUGCUGAACCUGUACAUUUGUUAAGUGUGUGUCUGUGAACACCAAAGAACUACAAAGACCACUUAGAUCAUGUCAAUGUGGAAGCAGGUUAGCCAAAGUCGAAGAGUAAACUGACCAAAGCUUAA